UGGCGCACAUUCAAGCUGCCCCACCCCUUGCGUUCUAGCCCUUCGUUCUUCUCACACCAAUCACGGCGCUGCAAACCGCGCUGCUUUUAACGCCUUCUGUCAACGCUUCCCUUCCUGAUCCUUAAAUUCCACCGCUGCGUCCAGCACUUCAACACAACAAACCUCACGACACACAGACGGAAAGUUCGACAAAAUGGCUCGUGGCAACCAGCGUGAUAAGGCUAGAGAGAAGAACUUGAAGGAGCAGGCUGGCAAGAAAGGAGGAAAUACCAUGUCUGGCUCCCAGCAAGCGAAGGCUAAGGAAGACGCGGCUGCUAUCAUGCGCGCCAAGCAGAUUGCGGCCGAAGCGAAGAAGGCCGAAGCCGCCAAAAAAUAGAUGCCUAAGGCGUGAGCAAGCGACAAUCACCCACAACUGCAGUGCGCAUGACGUUUUGGAGCGCGCAACGCAGCGGAGCGGGCGUCAUUGGGAGUUACGAGCAGCUGCAAUUACUGCGACAUGUUUCUUGGAGGAUCUUGGGUAUACGACAUUCAUAAUCUACGAAUUUGUGGUGAUGCACUUGCCCAAUUGCGCCAACACCCUCUAUCGAGAACAAGACCUGAUGCAAACGCUAUAUGGAUUUGAAUUGCAGAGUCGUGCAAGCCUUGAGGUUUGUUACAAGUACAAUGAAACCUGAGAUAUUCCACUACAAGUCAAUGGGAGCCAGAAAUGUCACGAAAAGUUGCUUGACUUGACAUACCGGGACAGAGCAAAGGAAACUAUACGUCACAAUGGCCUAGAAUGAUGCCCACCACGCCAGACCUCACAAUAUUCAAUCUGACAUUUUCAAGUACAAAUGCAGUUCAAGAAC